AUGGCUUCGUCGUGGGCCCACACGGGCAUCGCGCCCCUACUCGAGCGCAUGAAGUCGCAGGACUCCGACUUCCGCUUCAUGGCGCUCAACGACCUCAACGCCGAACUCUCCAAGGACUCCUACAUCCAGAUGGACGAGUCCACCGAGAACAGCGUCGUCCGCAAGGUGCUCGACCUCAUGAAGGACACCAACACCGAGGUCAAAAACAUGGUCGUCCGCUCCCUCGCUAUCCUCGUGCCCCGCCUCCGCGAAAAGUCCUUGCAGCUCGUCAUCGACACGCUCAUCGAUUACAUCUCCUCUGACAACGACGAGCUCAGGGACAUCGCCGCUCUCGCGCUCAAGACGGUCACAGCCCAGAUGCCCACCCGCUCCUCCUACGCCACAACCGCCCUCAACAAGCUCGCGCCCAAACUCCUCAACCACGUCGCCGACGCCGCCGCCUCCCAGGAGCUCCUCAUCGACUCGCUCGACAUCCUUGCUGAACUCAUCGCAAAGUUCGCCUCGUCCGUCACCACCACCGUCGCCCUUCAGAAUGCCAUCCUCAAGGCCGUCGUCCCCGCCAUGCGCCACACACGUCCCGCCGUGCGCAAGCGCUCCCUGACCGUGCUCGGCGCGCUCGGCUCGUGCGCCACAUCCGACAUCUUCACCCAGCUCUCCGUACAGCUCAGCGCCGACCUCGGCGCGCAAUCGUCGCUCGACACGCGCAAGACCGCCGUGCAGCUCAUCGGCAUCUUUGCACGCACCUGCCCGCGCAGGCUUGGCCGCCGUCUGCCCGAGUUCAUGCCCGCCGUGCUCGAGACCGCCCAGAUCGAUGACGACGACGAGCUGCGCGAGCUCUCGCUCCAAUCCAUAGAGCUCAUCCUCCUUCGCUGUCCCGCAGAGGUCACCCCCUUCGUCAACUCAUCCAUCGAGCUCGCCACCACCCUCGUCAAGCACGACCCCAACUACGCAGGCUUCGACGACGACGAAGAGAUGCGCGACGCCGACGACACCUUCGAUGAUGAAGACGAAGACGACGACUAUCUCGACGAAGACUACUCGGACGACGACGACAUGUCUUGGAAGGUCCGCAGAGCGUCCGCCAAGGUGCUCAAUGCCGCGCUCACAAGCCGUCCAGAGCUCCUGGCGCACAACGUCGGCGCCGUCGCCCCCGUCCUCGUCUCGCGCUUCUCCGAGCGCGAAGAGAGCGUCCGCCUCGAGAUCCUCGACACCUUCCUUGCUUUGCUCAAGCAGAUGCAGCUCUACGGCGGCGGUCCGCAGGCGACCGAAGUCAUUGGCGCGGCCACCACCUCCUCUGCCAGCCAGGCCGCUGCCAUCGCCGCAGCCGGCGUGCUCAAGCGCAAGCGCCACGAGAUGGAUGCCGACGACCUCGAGGGCUCGCCGCGCAGCCAGCUUGUCGCGCUCGUGCCCGCCAUCGCAAAGGCACUCAACCGCGAAAUCGUGUCCAAGUCCAUCCCAACGCGUCACAAGAGCUUCGUCGUCCUGCGUGAGCUCGUCGUCGUUCUUCACGGCGGUCUCGACGCUCAAAUCGGCUCGAUCCUCGCACAGACCGAAAAGUCGCUCAAGGGCGCCGAGUCGGCUCCCUCGGGCGGCUCCAACCUCAAGGCCGACAUCCUCGGCUUCUUCCGCGUGCUCUUCCUCACCCACCAGCCCAAGAGCUUCGAGGACCAGCUGCCCCAGCUCGUGCCCAUCCUCGCUGCCUCCAUCGAGGACAAGCUGCACCGCAGCUGCAUCGAGGCCUUCCUCACGUGCUCCCAGCUCGUCUCGGUGCUGCGUCCGCUUGGUGCCACCGCCACCGCGCCCGGCGCCACCGCCGCACGCCCCGGACAGUACAAGCCGUACCUGCUGCACAUCUACGCCGCCACCGUCGCGCGGCUCAACCGGCUCGAUUCGGACCAGGAGAUCAAGGAGCGCGGCAUCGCCUGUCUGGGCGUGCUCCUCGCCCACGGCGGUGACGACCUCGAGGAGAAGCACACCGAGUGCUUCGAUCUGCUCUCCAACCGCCUCACCAGCGAAGUGACGCGCUUCGUCACGGUCAAGGUCAUCGCACAGAUCGCCAGCUCGCCCGUAUGCAAGGGCGCCGCAUUCGAUGCGUUUUUGCGCUCCGCCAUCGCCGAGGUUGCCACACUCCUGCGCAAAUCCAACCGCCAGCUGCGACUCGCCGCCUUCGACUGUCUCGCCGCGGCACUCUCGCGGCCGUCGAACGAGCUCAGCACCGCAUCGUCCAACUCGAUCCUCGCCGAGGUGCAGCCGCUGAUCAACAGCGACAUGGACAUGAACCUGCUGCCGCACGUGCUGCGCAGCAUCAACCUCAUCUUGCUCAAUGACCCGGCGACGCGCGAGUCGGUGCGCGCGUCGGUGCUGCCGCAGAUCUACUCGGUGCUGCGCCUGCCCAUCGCGCAGGGACCCGCGAUGGAUGCGCUGCUCGAAUUCUUCCGCCUCCUGGUUGGCGCACAGCCCGAGUCGGCGACCGAGAUUGUCGACGAACUGCUGGCUGCGCUCGACGCGGCCAAGGGCAGCGUGAGCGGCACGCACAUCUACUCGACCGUGUCGAGGUGCAUCGGCGCAUCGUGCACCGUCUCGGCGCCCGCAAGCUCGAUUGUGGCAGACAAGGCGACCACGACGCUCCAGGGCGGCAGCGCCAAGGACAGCGAGGUGUACUUUGCGCUGCUGCUGCUCGGCGAGCUUGGGCGGUUCAACGACUUUUCGACGCGCGCCGGGCUGCUCGAGCGCGUGCUCACCUUCUAUGCCGCCGACUCGGAGGAGGUCAAGAUGGCGGCGGCGUUUGCGGUGGGCAACAUGGCGGUGGGUGCGCUGGGCGCGUUCCUACCCGUGAUCGUCGGCCAUAUCCGCGGGCAGACCGACGACAAGGCGUCGGCGCACAGGUUCCUGUCGCUGCAUGCGCUCAAGGAGCUCAUCACGCACGGCUCGGCUGAGCAGCUGAGCGUGGUGGCGGAGCAGGUGUGGCCUGUGCUCUUCGACGCCUCCGAGACCAAGGAGGAGGGUGCGCGCUCGAUCGGCGCAGAGUGUCUGGCGAGGCUGGCGCUGAGCGAGCCGACCAAGUUUCUUCCGCUGCUGCAGGAGAGGCUCCGGUCGCCCUCGGUGUCGGUGCGCGCGACGGUGCUGGCGGCGGUCCGCUUUACGCUGUCGACCGAGUCGUCUGCAGCGUACGACGAGCUGCUGGCGCCUUGUUUGGUGGACUUUCUCAUGCUGCUUGCGGAUCCGGAGCUCGAGGUGCGGCGCAAUGCGACGUUUGCGCUCAACUCGGCGGCGCACAACAAGCCGUACCUGAUUCGCGAUCAUUUGGCGACGGUGGUGCCGUUGCUGUACGCCGAGACGCAUGUGCGCACCGAGCUGCUGCGCAAGGUGGCCAUGGGACCGUUCCAGAUCGUCACGGACGACGGACUGGAUCUGCGCAAGAAUGCGUACGAGACCAUGUACCAGCUGCUCGACUCGCUCUGGUCGCGUCUCGACAUGGCCGCCUACAUCGACCGCGUCGUGGCGGGGCUGGCGGAUUCCGACGACGGCAUCAAGACGCUCUGCUACCUCAUGGUGAUCAAGCUCGUCGAGCUCGGCUCGCCCGUGGUGCGCUCGGUGCUCGCGGGCCGACUCGAGGAGAUCGCCGAUCCGGUCGGCGCAACGCUGCGCAGCAAGCUCAAGGAAACUGCCACCAAGCAGGAGAUCGAAAAGCAGGGCGAGCUUCAGCGUUUCAUCUAUCGCAUGCUCGUCGUGGUCACGCGCGCCAUGGACGCGGUCGUGGGGCCUGUGGCGACGCCCAAAUUCAGCGCACUCGUCCAGGAGGCUAGGUCGGCAUCGGCACAGCAUGGAAGCACCACGAGCGCGCCUGGUGCGCUGUGGAGGGAGACGGAAGCUGCACUUGCCACGGCGUCUGCGCCAUGA